AUGGGCGCGGGCUUUGUUAGAGCCUUGCAGUCUGUCGUGCCUAGUAUUGCGCCAGGCAGUUCCUGGGCUCAACGCGAUAUUGGCCCUACUCUACGGCGAUUCUUUGGAGCCUACUACAAUGGUGAUGUCUGGGCAGUGUACAGGCGAUACAAAAAUAUUGAUGUGGAAAAUUCCGGAUGGAUCAGCUAUGACGAGCUCGGUGAGAUCUUGUUCCUGCCAGAGUUCAACUUACUCUUUAUCUUUGAUGCAUUCAGCCAGCAGAAUGCCCUGAUUGACAGCCGCGAGCUGCUGGUAAUGGUCUGCCUGUUCAGCUCCUCCAAGCUUUCCGAGAAAUGUGGCGUGUUCAUGACUCUGUUCGAUAGCUCGCACAGUGGAACAUGCACCGCUGCAGAGGUAGCGAGCUUCGCAACCUUGGCUCUGCAAGUUCUGGGUCGCUGCACGGGUGCAUGUGUGCGAGGAAAGGACAUUGCAUCUGUGAUGCAAGAGGAGUUGUCUGAUGUUCUCCCACAGUACCGCGAAGCUGAAAAUCGUCUCGGCAUGGAGGCAACCUUCAAAGAAGAACGCAUCUUCGGCCAAGACGAGAUAGAUGAGAUUUGUUCGACAUUCAGGCACGUCUACGAGGAGCUGCCAAUUGGACAGCAGCCGCCUGCAAAUUGUGUGGCGCCUCCAGCUCCAGACUGGCAGCGUACAGCCAUGGCAAGUGCAGCACAAAUGGAAAAUUCGCCGACAAGGAAACCGAUGAAUCGAACGUUGACAGAUGCGGAGCUUACGCAUAUGGCAAUGUUGGGAAGCACCGGCAACGAGGAGGGUGGCCGUGAACAAGCCGCCGAGAUCUUGAAGGAGAAGACACGUGCCAGCCAUCAAGAAAUGCUUGAGAGAGAGGCAGCGAAAGCAGCCAUCAAACCUGCGCGAGGUUGGAUGGUCGUUCAUGGAGCCGACUUCGUAACUGUGUCGAAGGAGUUGGCGAGAUUUCGGCACUUGUUCGUCAAGUGCGUGGCGCAGGCACUCGACAUUCCAUCUGGAAUCCUCACGGUGGUCGAUGUCACUCCGGGAAGCGUGGUGGUUGAAUUCCUGGUUCAUCCUUCCGCCAGAGCCGGUGAUAACCGAAACGCAACCCAGCUGUUGAUUGCCUUGGCAGAGCAGCUCAUCAACAGCAACAGCACGCUCCGGCGUGGGCACUUUGGGGCAUAUGCUGCCAGCGCUGAGUUGCUUGUCGGCGAAACCCGGAGGAAAGCUGUGCAUGCUCUUUCCAUCGCGGAUGGGGUCAUUUGUUGCGAUCAGUCAGUGCAAUGCUGCAGCCCACAAGCAGUCCUUGACGAGGUGCUGGCACGCCUACGCAUCGAGCAGAGACGUGCAGAAGCCGCGGAAGAGAAAUACAAGCAGGCAGUCAUCGAACUUCGACGACGUGACGAAUCUGUCAAGUCUCUCACAAAGCUGCUUGAUCUAGCCAAGCAGCAGGAGGAGGAGAAGAAGGAGGAACAACGAGAUGCGGAAAUGCAAGAGUUUGGCAAGCAGCUUCUUCACCUUGAGGAGCUGGCGAAGCUCCGGGCCCUGGACGUGAAGGAGGAUUUGCGUGACCAGGAGGUCAUCGAGUUCAAGCAGGAGCUCAGUACGCUGGAGGAACAGCAGCGGCCGUCACAGUGA